CACCGCGGACAGCAGCCAGCGCGCUCCCUCUGUGGGCGGUGUUUCAAACGCGCGUGGGAGCUGUCACUGCUAUAAGGCACAUUUGCGGGAAGCAGCGUCACCGCUGACAGUAACGCUGCACAGCUAUUACAAGUGCUGGGAUUAUGUUCAUUAAAAUGAUCAGUUUUUGAUAGGUGCCUUCAACACAUUGCUGCUCCCCGUCAAAAUGUCAUUGUUUUAGUCGCCACGUCUCGACGGGAAUUUUGGACAGAUGAGCACGCUUAUCAGGAAGUGGGAUAUUUACUCUCCUGUAGUGUUAUGAAGAAAACCGCAGGAUGCAUUCGUUGAGGGAAGGUAUUUUCCGAUGGAUUAUUAAGGGACAAUAUUUUUGAUACUUGAACUCCAUUGAUGAACAAUAAUCUAUUACCGUUUUUGUACACAAAAUGUUUUUCUUAAAAAUUUGAGUUUCGCUCCACUGUUUACAGAGCCGAAACAUCGUGUCUCGUCUCCUAAACUGGUACCUCAAUUGCAAAAUGCUGUGAUACUGAUGAGACACUGUUCCUCGACAACAUUUUUUUCACAGCACAGAAUUGGACACAAACAGCUCUCCGUUUCUCUUAUCCACGGGUCUCGAGCGAUGGAAACAUCGUGAACUUGAGAAGCAACAACACCGACUGCAACAGUCUCGACACCACAGACCUAAGAAAUAAACAAUGGUACGGGCUCUUCAAGUCGAUUGGAGCAUGGAGUCCGCACACCAAGCUGGCUAGGGGGUUUGGCGAGAGACGCUAGGCAUAUUGUUUUAACCCCUAUCUUGAAAUGAGGUACAAUGUUGAUGUGUGACAGAGGAGUCCAGAUGCUCAUCACCACAGUGGGCGCUUUCGCCGCUUUCAGCCUCAUGACCAUAGCUGUGGGCACGGACUACUGGCUGUACUCGAGAGGAGUGUGCAGGGUCAAAAGUAAUAACGAGAACGAAACGAGCAGGAAGAAUGAAGAGGUGAUGACCCAUUCGGGGCUGUGGAGAACCUGCUGUCUAGAAGGAACGUUUCGAGGCGUAUGUAAGAAGAUUGACCACUUUCCAGAAGAUGCAGAUUAUGAACAGGACGCAGCAGAGUAUUUACUACGAGCUGUGAGAGCAUCCAGUAUCUUCCCCAUCAUGAGUGUUGGACUUCUGUUCAUGGGAGGUUUGUGUGUGGCUGCCAGUGAGUUUUAUAGGAGCCGACACAAUGUCAUUCUCAGUGCUGGAAUCUUCUUUGUCUCUGCUGGUCUAAGUAACAUCAUAGGAAUCAUCGUGUACAUAUCUGCCAAUUCGGGUGACCCGGGCCAGAGCGAUUCGAAGAAGAGCUACUCGUACGGCUGGUCUUUCUAUUUCGGCGCUCUGUCCUUCAUAAUGGCCGAGAUGGUGGGCGUGCUCGCCGUUCACAUGUUCAUCGAAAAGCACCGGAAGCAGCGUGCCAAGUCUCGCACUGAGCUGAUCAAGAAGUCGGCCUUCAGCCGCAUCCCCAGCUAUCGUUACCGCUUCCGUCGACGUUCCAGCUGUCGCUCCAGUGAGCCGGCCUCCCGUGACGCAUCGCCAAUGGGCAAGAGCGGCUACACGGGCCCUGCGGCCGCAGACAUCUCCAUGUACACCCUGUCCAGGGAUCCUUCCAAGGCUGCGAUGGGUGCCUUGCUCAACUCCGAGAGGGAGUUUUUGCAGGCUCACAACUCCAACGCGAAGGACUUCAAAGAUGCGGCAAACAGGAGGACCACUCCGGUCUGAAAUAGAUGAAGACAUGGGGUAACUACGCAUAAGCACAGAGGAAUCGCCGCGGCCGAGACGUUAAAACCACAGACUCGAGCCGGACCCGGUAGAAGGAAUUCAUUGAAGGCCCGCAGGGCGUUAACCUUCUUUCUAUUACAGUAUAUAUAAAUAUAGAUGGUAAUUGUUAGAUCAUUGGUGCUUCCUUUUAAUCCUCAUUUCUCAGUCAACGUUUCUGUCCGUUCACACAAACUCUUUAUCACACACCUCCCUCCCCCAAGGGCUACUCAAGUAGAAUGCUAGUCCUCUCUUCAGUGUCAUUUGUUCAAGUACUGCUUUUGAAAUUCCUAAAAUGGAAAGUAGCCCAGUGAAUCUGUGAAGUCCUAUAAGGGGGAGGAUCGUCAUGAUUUUGACAUACUAUAUGUACCGAAAGGCUGUCCCACUAUUCGCCUUACGCACAGCUCAGUAGCCCAUAGCUGGUGAGCGCCUCUUUACACUCACAAGAUUGUACACAUUGUUGGUUUCUCUCAUGGGUUGGACAUUGAGCCCUCCUCACCUAGUGCCACUUUUACCCAAUUCACAAGCCAUGCUCGACCAUGGGCCCAUCACAUCCGUUCAUCCCCCCUGCAGGGGGGGAUGCCGCCUCAGCCUCCACUGUUCUUUAUACUCUCUACCUAUACAAGCUAUUUCACUGGGCUCUGAAUGCUAUUUACACCAGGUCAUUUUUUAAGUUCAGAUCCAUUAUUCCCAUUCCAGACAUCUCUUGCAUUAACUUUUAUAACAGGGUUUAAAUGCUUGUUAUUAAAUAUAAUCUUUUAGCCCACCAAAGGUUUUGGUAUUACAUUUGUUUUAUUAAGAAUUAAAAAUGUAGUUUACUGUGAUUUACAAUGAGGUUCAUUUGAGGCCCUUAUAAUUCAAAGGCUUAUUAAUAUGAAUAUUGUUGUCAUUAUUACUGUAGAUUUUUCAUCUAUCAGCAGCAUAUAGCAGGUGGCUGCCAAAUGUAGAUUUCCUAAUUGUGUAUAGUCGAACUAUUUUUUAGAAAAUAUUGAAAGUGUUCAUACAAUUGCCAAAAGCUGGGCAUCAAGGGUUUAUAAAAACAGACGAUCAUUGUGAAAACAAAGAUGACUGCCAUGUGCUUCUGUUCUUUAUUAAAGAUACAGAACUGUGAUAGGACCAUUCAUAAAGACAGGGCUCUUUAUGGGCUGAUGGGACUGUAGGAUCUCAGUCUCAACACAAAAAAUAUUGUAAGUUAUGCUAAUGAGCAUCAUAUAAAAACUAUAUUUCAUAUAUUUCUUUCUAUAUUAAUGUUAUACAUCAACAACAACUACACAGAAAGGAAAAAUAAAUUAAAUAUAAAUAAAUAUGACGCUUUAGUUGCUUAGUUAACAUUAUCAAUUGAUACAGUAUAUAUUAUAUACUCCAAGGGCUUUUGGUUUUCAAAUAACAAUCAUACAAGGGCUUCAAAGAAGUUUAGCCAACAUAGAAAACAGCAGAUUUGCCCUUAAAAUAUUUAAAUUGCGAAAAACUAGCCAUAUUUAUGUAUGUGAAACACAUCCAAUGUAAUGUUAUAAUGUAUACAGUAAGUUCUUCUUCUCAUCACUCUCAAUUAUUAAUCCCUAUAUGUUAGAAAUAGGUGUAGACUCAAACAUGGAGUUUCACUUACAUCUACAGCAACGUAGUUUUUCAGAACUUCACCUCAUUUCAGAAUCUCCAAUAACGGACAUGCAUGUACUUUAGCCUCCAAAACUCAUCCAAGCCAGUCUCUCAUCUCCAGUUUGAUUUAUUCAGCUUACAAAAGUCGAGAUAUUGAUCAGCCACCACGCUGGGAAUAUUACUGUAAAGGUUGCCUUUUAUUUGGAUCCACUUUAUGUUGUGAAGUUGUGCAGUUCUGGGUCUUAAACUAAAUGUUUCUUAUUUGAAGGAGCUCCAGCGGAGUGUGAAAAGCUCUGCCCUACAACCCGCUCUCAGAGCACCUAGUGCCUGUCUCUUCUGCCUCCUCCAAGCGCACAUCUUCAGGUCACUCUGUCUUUCGCUCGCUUGCUCUUUCAUCUCCAUCACAGCCUUGCAUCAGUCCCACUUAAACAUGACUGUUAUUAGUCAAUCACAUCCAUAGAGUCUCAUAGGCCCUGUCGCUCACCACUUAGGCCUGCAACAUUGUGUACGUGACCUCUCAACAAAAACAGCAGUUUCAGCUUGAUACAUGCUGUAGAAAAAAGCACACCUUUUAAAUACAGUAGUUUACAUCUAUGAAGAUAAUAGUUAGAAAGAUAUUUAAAAAUUUAGAAAAAUAAAGUCAG